GGAGGACGUUCCCACGGCCUUGUGCAUCCGGGGCCCAGCCCGGAGUCGGCCCCCAGGUAUUUGCCGGAUGGACGCCGGCCCUGCCACCUCUCCUGUGCCUCUUGGAGCUGCCUGCGGAGAAGGGGGCCGGUCUGAGAGCCAGCCCCUGCCCCGCUCGCUGGCUGUGUGUCUUUGGGUAAACCUCUCACCUUCUCUGUGCAUAACCUCCUCUGGUAAAGUGGAAGUACCCUUGACCCGUGAACAAUACGGGGUUGCGUCCUGUGGGCCCACUUCUAUGUGGAUUGCUUUUUUUUUUUUUUUUUUUAAAGAUUGUAUUUAUUUAUUCAUGAGACCCAGAGAGAGAGAGGCAGAGGCACAGGCAGAGGGAGAAGCAGGCUCCAUGCAGGGAGCCCAAUGUGGGACUCGAUCCCGGGACUCCAGGAUCGCGCCCUGGGCCAAAGGCAGUGCCAAACCGUUGAGCCACCCCGGCUGCCCGGAUUGUUGAAAAUAAAUACAUUGGAAGGAAGAUAUUUUGGAGAUUUGCAGCAAUUUGAAAAACCAGCCAGACCAACGGCAUAGCCUAGAAACACUAUAAAAAUAAAAAGCUAGGUAUGUCACAAGUGCCUAAAAUACAUGUAGACACUAGUUUGUUAUUUGCUGCCAUACAGUAUGCACAAGUUUGUUAUAAAAAGUUCAUCAAAACGCACAGAGACACUUAGAGACUGUGCACGGCAUCACUCACAGUCGAGGAAAACAAACAGAGAUGCAGUCAUAAAUCCUGACUGCAUAAAAUUAAACGACAGGACGCCCCGUUCUACUGUAAUAAUCCCACAGCCACCCCCUGUUGGUGAGCCCAGGUGUCGUAUGAGCUUAAAACGGUGUGCGCUGCUCAUCGUCUCCACGCAAGCAGUUUGUCGCCAGUCAAUUUGAAUGGCAGAAGUGAUCCCGUGGUUCUCGCAUAUUUUUCAUGGUGUUUAGUGCAAUACCGUAAACCUUGAAUAACACCAUGGACCCACACGAAACGCUGCUCGUGAUUCUGGAAGUGCUCCCAAGAAGCAGAGAAAAGUCGUGACGUUAUAAGCAAAAGUCAAAUUGCUCGAUAUGUACCGUAAAUUAAAGUCUGCGGCUGCUGUUGCCCAUCAUUUCAAGAUAAACGAAUCCAGCGUAAGAGCCAUUGUCAAAGAAAUCCGGGAAGCCGUCGAGGCAGCCACGCCCGCAGGCGCGAAAACCUUGCACUUUUUGCGAGACGCUUUUUUUUAUCUCGUACUGAAAAUGCUGCUUUUAUGUGGGUGCAGGAUUGCUAUGAGAAAGGCAUCCCUAUAGACUCUAAUAUGAUUCAAGAGAAAGCGAAGUUGCUGUAUGACAACUUAAAGCAAGAGGAAAGUGAAGGAACUAAAGCUGGAGAGUUUAAUGCCAGCAAAGGAUGGUUUGAUAAUUUUAGAAAGAGGUUUGGCUUAAAAAAUGUCCGGUAGCAGGAGAAGCAGCUUCUGCCAACCAAGAGGCCACCAAUGAGUUCCCACCUCAAGAACCCAUAGACACCACGCCAGAGGGAUUCACUGAGGGCGCCUCGGUGGAGAUGAGAGCUUGUGGACCAGGGCCAGGUGAGGGGGGUGUAGAAGACGCAGGGGCGGAAAACAAGUUGACAUCAGAAAACCUGGCAGAAGGGUUUCGAUUAUUCAAGACGGCUUUCGACUUCUUUUCCGACAUGGACCCUUCUGUGAUACGGGCACUGAGACUAAAGCAGAUGGUGGAAGAGGGAUGGGUACCCUAUAGAAUCAUCUUCAGAGAAAUGAAAAAGCAGAAAAGUCAGACGAGAUUACAAUGUAUUUCUGUAAAGUUACCCCAAGCGUGCCUGCCUCUCCUGCCUGCCCUUCAGCCUCCUCCACCUGUCCCACCCCUGCGACCCCAGGGCCAGCCCCUCUGCCUCCCGGUCCUCAGCCUACUCAGCCGGGAGAUGGUGAGGAGGAUGAAGGCCUUCCCGCUGAUCCGCUUCCACGUAGCUGCCCUCCUCCGAGCUGUGCCACGGUUGCCAGGCCCAGCAGCAGCAUGGCGAAGGCCUAUCUGCGGGCUGUGGUGCCGCACCGGGCAGGAUCCUGGGAGGUGGCUGGGGAGCAGGGCCCCCACCCUGAAGGAGAAGGCAGCAGGCACGGAGGCAGAGAAAUUCCAGAUCAUCUACCGGUUUGAUGCUAUCAGAACCUUUGGGUACUUGUCCCGGCUGAAGGUGGCACAGACGGCGCUGACGCUGCUGGCCCUGCCGCCUGGCUUCUACUGGUACUCGCACGGCCUCAUGACCCUCAGCUCCCUGUACUUUGCGGGCGGGAUAGCUGGCUUCGCCCUGGCCAUGCUCUGCUGGAUGAGCCAUUUCUUCCGGAGGCUGGUGGGCAUCCUGUAUGUGAACGAGGCGGGCACCGUGCUGCGGGUGGCCCACCUGACCUUCUGGGGCCGGCGGCAGGACACGGACUGGCCCGUGGCUGAUGUGGUGCCCAUGACAGAGACCAGCGACCGGCCCCAGGAGCUGUUUAUGCGUAUCCAGCAGUACAGUGGGAAGCAGACCUUCUACCUCACUCUGCGCUACGGACGUGUCUUGGACAGAGAGCGUUUCACACGGGUGUUUGGGACACUGGACACCCCCAAAUGAGCUGCCGGAUCUCCGGCAGGACGGCUGAGGGUGUGGGUGAGGCCGAAGAUCGGGGUCAGGCAGCUGAAGGCUUUGUCAGGGCCUCCAGAGCCUUGUUUCUGGGAUGCGGAGGUUCAUGGGGCAGGAACGAGUAGUCGGGUUUAGGAGAGGUCCUUAGUGCAAAUUCAUCUCACGCUUGCCUGGGACAUGGAGCCAGGUCGUGGGAGAAGUUUCUGCUAACGGCCAGUUCUUGCAGGAAGCGGUGUCGGUUCACGCAGUGAACCAGAAGGCGGGGAGGUGCGGUGGGGGCCCGGAGGUUGGGUUGAGAACACUCGGGUGCUGUGAGCGCUCAUCCCCCUGUCCCGGGGCAGGCUGUCGAGUCUGCAUCCUUGAAAGGGAAAGGCUGCCUGUCUCACGGGCUGGGAGUGAGAGUACAGUCACUGUCAAGGUCGGUGUGGUGCCAGGCUUCCAGGCUGCCGGUGGGGAUUUCCCCUCAGGGCUGGGAAGGAACUGCCCAGAUGGUGACCGCACAGCCCCUGGGACGGGUGUCACCCUGUGAGCACGCCCUGCCCCCCCACGCCUGGGGGCCCUCCUGUCGCUGGGCUUUGCGGUCCAAUAGACGAGACGAACCGUGUUCUGGUGCAUUAUGUUAUAAACUGCAGCUUACUGUAUGCGCUGCCCUUCCCUGCAGUCACUCCUACGUGUUUGUUAUGCCCUCUGACGGAGUAAAGCGGAAGGAGGACCUGAUCUUUAUACUUCGGCCACCCAGAAGUCAGUAACUAAAUGUUUUGUUGUGUGGACGGACUUCCAGGCUUUUUUUAUUGUGGUAAAAUAUGCAUAGUGUAAAUGUAUCUAUCCCCGUAACCACCUUUCAGCAUACGGUUCAGUGGCGUUAAAGUACAUAACGACGUGGUGCGGCCACCUCCUCUGUCCCAUCUCCAGAACUCCCUCAUCCUCUCUUGGAGGAACUCUGUGCCCAUUAAACAUCGCUCCCCAUUUCACCCUCCGGCUGGCCCCUGUAACCACUCACUCGUUUUCUGUCUCUGGAUUUGCUUAUUCUGGGCAUUUCCUGUACAUGGAAUCCUACACUCUGUGGUCUUUUAUGUCCGGCUUCCCUCAGCUGACUUUCUGGCCUCAUGGUGCAUCCAUGCCGUAGCGUGUAGGAGAGCUUCGUCCCUUUCUGGGGCUGAAGAAUGUACGUGUAGACCGUAUUUUGUUUAUCCAUUGAUGGACAAUUUGGAUUUUUUUUUUUAAGAUUUUAUUUAUUUAUUCAUGGGAGACACACACAGAGAGGCAGAGACACAGCAGGCAGAGGGAGAAGCAGGCUCCAUGCAGGGAGCCCGAUGUAGGACUUGAUCCUGGGACCCCAGGAUCAGGCCCCGGGCCAAAGGCGGCGCCAAACAGCUGAGCCACCCGGGCUGCCCUGGACAUUUGGAUUGUGAGUAACGUUCCUGUCAACACUGGUGGACGGAAAUCUGAGUCCCUGCUUUCGGUUCCUUCAAGUGUGAGAAGUGCAAUUAUUGGAUCAUACAGAAACUCUAGGUUUACCUUUCCGAGGAGCUGCUGAACUUCCCCAGUGGCUGUGUGAAUUUAUGUCCCUCCAGCAAUGCAUGCAGGUUCCAGUUUCUCCACGUCGUUCUGGAUGACAGCCAUCCUCAUGGGUGUGCAGCGGGGUCUCCCUGCACGGCCAGGCUUCCCUAAAAACAGCAAUGUCCUGUCCCUGGAACCGUUUGGGUUGUUUUGCUGCACGUAACAUGUGACUGUCUUAGUUGUAAACCAUUAAAAAUAUUCUGUCACAGGGGAAAAAAUCUUGUUACUAUGUGACAUGCCUGCUGUGAACUAACCAUGUUGUAGUAAUCCCUGUGCAACACACACAAAUGCAAACACAAGUCCUUGUGCACGUUGAUACAGUGUUGAAUGUCCAUUAGAUCUCUGUAGAAUUGGGGAAAACAGGCAGUGUACCUUACCUGAAAUAAAAGGUGCAGGUAAUUAUUUGAA